ACGGGGCGGUUGACGUCAUCGUUUCAGUAAAUCAAGGCAUUCGAGCAUAAUCUCAAAUUAGCUAGGGGAGAGAUUUUUUUUUCCGGCACCAGCAUCCAUCCCUCCAUCCAUCCAUCCAUCCUAGAAACCUAAACACCGUUAGAUUUAGCCGAGCAGAGGAAGGAGCACUGCGAUAAUGGAUGUGUGCAGAGUCCUGAAGUGUUUAUCUGUCGGUUUACUCUGAUCAUCGCUGCCUGACGUUGGAAGACGUCAAUACAGUUUUCUCAUCUGAAUUGUUUUUCUGGAGAGAUUUCAGAUUUGGAGUGGAGUAUCAAGGACUUAAUUCAGCAUUGAAUUGUGACAAAAGACAGGGUUGAAGUGUCCAACCAUGUCUGGGGCCUCGGUGAAAGUGGCGGUCAGGGUGCGUCCCUUCAACUCGAGGGAGGCCAGCAAAGAAUCCAAAUGCAUUAUUCAGAUGCAAGGCAACUCUACCACUAUAUUGAAUCCCAAAAACCCAAAAGAAGCACCAAAGUCCUUCAGCUUUGACUACUCGUACUGGUCACACACCACGACGGACGACCCCUGCUUUGCAUCCCAGAGUCAGGUGUACAAUGACAUCGGGAAGGAGAUGCUGCAGCACGCCUUCGAAGGCUACAACGUUUGCAUCUUUGCUUAUGGCCAGACUGGUGCUGGCAAGUCCUACACGAUGAUGGGAAAGCAGGAAGAAGGACAGGAAGGCAUCAUCCCUCAGCUCUGCGAAGAACUCUUUGAGAAAAUCAAUGACAACAUCCACGAGGAUAUCUCUUAUUCAGUGGAGGUGGCAUACAUGGAAAUUUACUGUGAGCGAGUGAGGGACCUGCUGAACCCCAAGAACAAAGGGAACCUACGUGUAAGGGAGCAUCCUCUGCUCGGACCGUACGUCGAAGACCUGUCCAAAUUGGCUGUUACCUCUUAUACAGACAUCGCUGACCUCAUGGAUGCUGGUAACAAGGCCAGGACUGUGGCUGCCACUAACAUGAACGAGACCAGCAGCCGCUCGCAUGCCGUCUUCACCAUCGUCUUCACACAAAGGAAGCAUGACAGCGAGACGGACCUGUCCACAGAAAAGGUCAGCAAAAUCAGCCUGGUGGACUUGGCAGGCAGUGAGCGUGCUGACUCGACUGGGGCCAAAGGCACGCGUCUGAAGGAAGGUGCAAACAUCAACAAAUCUCUGACUACCCUUGGAAAGGUCAUCUCUGCUCUGGCUGAGGUGGAUAACUGUACCAGCAAGAGCAAGAAGAAAAAGAAGACAGACUUCAUUCCUUACCGAGACUCUGUUCUCACAUGGCUCCUGAGAGAGAAUUUGGGCGGGAACUCGAGGACGGCUAUGGUGGCUGCUCUGAGCCCUGCUGACAUUAACUAUGAUGAAACCCUGAGCACCUUGAGAUACGCCGACCGAGCCAAGCAGAUCAAGUGCAAUGCCGUGAUCAACGAGGACCCCAACGCCAAGCUGGUGCGUGAGCUGAAGGAUGAAGUCACCCGCCUGAAGGAGCUUCUCCGCGCCCAGGGUCUCGGGGACAUCCUGGACAGGACUUUAGGCAUCGACAGCUGCGGGGACGGCUACGUCGAGCCAAUGGGGAAUGAUUACCCUGGAAGUGAAAGCAAAUAUUUGAAAGAUAUUCACAACAGUCAGCAUAGAUACUUGCUUGCUUCAGAGAACCAACGGCCUGGCCAUCUCUCCACAGCGCCUAUGGGUUCCCUCACAGCCUCGCCGUCGUCCGGCUCUCUGUGCAGCCCCACAGGCCUGCAGUCCGUCUGCAGCAUCCAGGAGCGCAUCAUGUCCACUCCCGGAGGAGAGGAGGCCAUCGAGAGGCUCAAGGAGUCUGAGAAGAUCAUAGCAGAGCUGAAUGAGACCUGGGAGGAGAAGCUGAGGAAGACAGAGGCUAUCCGGAUGGAGAGAGAGGCUCUGUUGGCAGAGAUGGGCGUUGCUAUCCGGGAGGACGGGGGAACCCUGGGUGUCUUCUCUCCUAAAAAGACCCCUCACCUGGUUAACCUGAAUGAGGAUCCUCUCAUGUCAGAAUGCCUGCUGUACUACAUCAAAGAUGGAGUUACAAGGGUGGGCCAGGCCGAUGCAGAGAGAAGGCAAGAUAUUGUUCUGAGUGGAGCGCACAUCAGGGAGGAGCACUGCAUCUUCCGCAGCGAGAGGAACGCCAACGGAGAUGUGAUUGUAUUGCUGGUGCCAUGUGAAGGCUCGGAGACGUAUGUAAAUGGCAAGCGUGUGAGCGACGCUGUGCAACUUCGCUCAGGCAAUCGUAUCAUCAUGGGGAAAAACCACGUGUUCCGCUUUAACCACCCUGAGCAGGCGCGAGCUGAGAGGGAGAAGACACCAUCAGCUGAGACGCCUGUGGAGCCUGUGGACUGGACCUUUGCCCAGAGAGAACUUCUGGAGAAGCAGGGCAUCGACAUGAAGCAGGAGAUGGAGAAGAGGCUUACAGAGAUGGAGAUCCUUUAUAAAAAAGAGAAGGAGGAGGCUGAUCAACUGCUUGAGCAACAGAGACUGGUCUACGAGAGCAAGCUUCAAGAACUACAAAAACAGGUGGAGCAGAUAGCAGAUACUCCCGAUGAGGAGGAGGAGGAAGAGGAAGAGGAGGAAGUGCCGUGGACACAGCAUGAGUUUGAACUCGCUCAGUGGGCCUUUAGAAAGUGGAGGUACCACCAAUUCACCUCACUAAGAGACCAGCUGUGGGGCAACGCAGUAUACCUGAAGGAAGCGAACGCCAUCAGCGUGGAGCUCAAAAAGAAGGUCCAGUUCCAGUUUGUGCUUCUGACGGAUACGCUGUACUCCCCACUUCCCCCUGAGCUUUUGCCUCCUGAGCCGGAGAAGGAGCGUGACUCCAGACCUUUCCCUCGUACUGUGGUGGCUGUGGAGGUCCAGGACCUGAAGAAUGGAGCCACUCACUACUGGUCUCUGGAGAAGCUCAAGCAGAGGCUGGAGCAGAUGCGAGAGAUGUACGACCGUGCGGGAGAAAUGGCCUCCUCCAAUCAGGACGAUGUGGAGGGGCCCUUGACCGGCAGUGACCCUUUUUACGAUCGCUUCCACUGGUUCAAGCUAGUGGGAAGCUCGCAAAUCUUCCACGGCUGCGUGAACGAGCACCUGGCUGACCGCACGCCCUCGCCCACCUUCUCCACGGCCGACUCGGACAUCACCGAGCUGGCUGAUGAGAGGCAGAGCGAGAUGGAUGAUUUCAUGGACGACGAAGCCUUCGUGGAUGACACCAGCUCAGACGCGGGCACCGAGGAAGGCUCAGACAUCUUCAGCGAUGGCCACGACCCCUUCUAUGACCGCUCGCCCUGGUUCACUCUCGUGGGCAGAGCAUUUGUGUACCUGAGUAACCUGCUGUACUCCGUGCCCCUGGUGCACCGUGUGGCUGUAGUGACAGAGAAAGGCGAGGUGCGAGGGUUUCUGCGUGUGGGUGUCCAGGCCAUCGCAGCUGAUGAGGAGGCUCCUGAUUAUGGCUCUGGCGUCCGUCAGUCUGGCACUGCCAAAAUCUCAUUCGAUGACGAGUAUUUCAAAAAGACUGAAUUCUCUUCCGUGGCACUGACCCGUUCUGGCCUUUCUAUGGAGGAGUUGCGUAUUGUUGAAGGCCAAGGACAAAGUUCAGAGGUCAUCACCCCCUCUGAAGAAAUGAACAGAAUAAAUGACAUGGAUCUGAAGCUGGGGAACGUAGAUGGGAAGCUGGGCCAAUCAGAGGGUGUGAUUGGUCAGCUGGAGGUGGGCAGUGUCUUUACUUUCCGCGUCACUGUUCUGCAGGCCUCUGGCAUCCCACCAGAGUACGCCGACAUCUUCUGCCAGUUCAACUUCCUCCAUCGUCAUGAUGAGGCUUUCAGUACUGAACCACUGAAGAACUCAGGCAAAGGCUCCCCGCUGGGCUUUUACCACGUCCAGAAUAUUUCUGUGGAGGUCACAGAGUCCUUUAUCGAGUACAUUAAGAGCAAGCCCAUCGUGUUUGAAGUGUUCGGACAUUACCAGCAGCACCCGCUGCACCGUCAUGGCCAGGAUGCAAUCAGCCCUCCACAGCCUUCUAGGAAGUACUACCCUCCACCCAUGCCUCUGUCUAAACCAGUUCCAGCCACCAAGCUUAACACCAUCAGCAAGUCAAACCUGGGCCAGUGUGUGAGCAAGUAUGACCUGCUGGCCUGGUUUGAGAUCAGUGAACUGGAACCAACUGGAGAGUAUAUCCCGGCUGUAGUGGACCACACUGGAGGUCUACCCUGUCAUGGCACUUACUUACUGCACCAGGGUAUCCAGCGUAGGAUCACAGUGACACUGAUCCAUGAGAAGGGCAGUGAGCUCCACUGGAAGGACGUCCGGGAGCUGGUGGUCGGUCGGAUCAGGAGCAAGCCGGAGGUGGAUGACACUGCGGCAGAUGCAGUGCUCUCUCUUAACAUCAUCUCAGCCAAAAACAUGAAGUCCUCCCAUAACUCCAACAGGACGUUUUACCGGUUUGAGGCUGUGUGGGACAGCUCUCUGCACAACUCUCUCCUGCUCAACCGAGUCACUCCCUGUGGAGAGAAGAUUUAUAUGACCCUGUCUGCAUACCUGGAGCUUGACCACUGCAUCCAGCCUGCCAUCAUUACCAAAGACAUCUGCAUGGUGUUCUACUCCAGAGAUGCUAAGAUCUCACCUCCACGCUCUCUGAGGAGCCUGUUUGGCAGCGGCUAUUCUAAAACCCCUGACUGCAAUAGAGUGACCGGGAUCUAUGAGCUCAGCCUGUGCAAGAUGGCCGACACAGGAAGCCCAGGCAUGCAGAGGCGAAGACGGAAAGUUCUGGAUACAUCAGUGGCAUACGUGCGUGGAGAGGAGAACCUGGCUGGGUGGAGGCCCAGAGGAGACAGUCUAAUCCUCGAGCACCAAGGGGAGCUUGAGAAACUCGAACAGCUGCACGAGGUGGAGAAAACACGUCACCUCCUGCUGCUGCGGGAGAAACUGGGAGAGUCAGUUCCUCAGAAGUCUCUAAGUGAGUCUGUCUCUCCAAGCUUGAGCAGCGGCACCCUGAGCACCUCGACCAGCAUCUCCUCACAGAUCUCCUCCACCACCUUCGAGAGCGCCAUCACGCCCAGCGAGAGCAGUGGAUAUGACUCAACCGACAUUGAGAGCCUAGUGGACCGUGAGAAGGAGUUGGCCACCAAGUGCCUCCGCCUUUUGACUCACACAUUUAACAGUGACUAUAACCAGAUGUGCAACAGCAUUAGCGCCUGCCAGCUGUCUGAUAUCUCACCCAUGGGCCGAGAUCCGUCAGUCACCAGUCUCAGCAGUGCCACACUUACCCCGUCCUCUACCUGCCCCUCCCUGGCAGACUCCCGCUGUGGCUCAGACCAGAAGACUCCUGAACCUAACUCCCGCGCCACCAGCCCCUCAUGCUCGGACUAUGAGAACUUCCCCAUGGUUCCCAGUGUGGAGACGUCAUACCUGGCUCGUGCUGGCAAACAUGAGUUCCUCAACCUGGUGCCCGAUAUUGAGGAGAUGAGGCCUGGCUCUGUGGUGUCUAAGAAGGGAUACCUGAGCUUCAUGGAGCCACGCUCGAACUCCUGGGUGAAGCACUUUGUGGUAGUACGCCGCCCGUAUGUCUUCAUCUACAACAGUGACAAGGACCCAGUGGAGCGAGGUGUCCUGAACCUGUCCACUGCUCAGGUGGAGUACAGUGAGGAUCAGCAGGCCAUGCUCAAGACUCCCAACACAUUUGCUGUGUGCACUAAGCACAGAGGGAUUCUGCUCCAGGCCAACAACGAUAAAGACAUGAACGACUGGCUGUAUGCUUUUAACCCGCUGCUAGCAGGAACAAUAAGGUCCAAACUGGCGAGAAGACGCUCUGCUUUGCUGAAGGACUAAACAAGCUUCUCUGUUUGAAGAGAUCGUGCUCUGUUUCUUCUCCCUAGCCUUCGAGUGUUAACACUUAUUAAAACUUUGUGAUUCUUGAUGGUUUUCUCUUAUAUGUAGACCUGUGGCUUAAGUCUCCUCUCCAGCAAAUGAACUCUUGAGUUUCUGAACACCCACUUUCCCCCUUUCCCCCUCUCUCCCUCUUUCUCUCUCCUAACCUCUCGCUAUUUCGUUUGUUUGGAUCCUUUCUGUCUUUAAGUUUUCGUUCUCUGCCAUAGCGGAACCUUCUUCUAGUAGCAUGUCGUAAUAGUCUGUUUGUGUGUGCACGAUUCUUCCGAGCAGUUUCUCUUCUCUAUUUGAGUUAUUACUCGUCUGUAACGAUCGUCUUUAUCAGUGUUAUCUGUUGAGUCAGGUACAUUUUCUCCCGCAUGGCCACAGCAGCAGUCCUCAGGAUAUGAGCAGUUUGCUUACAAAGCCUCACAGAGUACCACUGAACAUAGAUAAAAUACACUAUAUGACUAUCUGAAAAGAAAUAUUUCUCUCAUAGAAAAUAAUAGCUCAGUAGUUUUUACACUAGUGAGUAGAUGUCCCAACACUGGAAGAGAAGGAGACGUAUAAGGGCGAAGGCAUGAACUUUAUGUGUAUGACUAAAUCUGGGAGCAGUCAGCAUUUAUUAUGAGUAUUAACUAUGGACCUGGAUGAAGAAUGUGGACAGAUUUCGUUUCUGUGGUCCACAGGCAGUGCUCCAGCACGGUGCAUUUGCUUAGCAUUAAUUUAAAUCUGUGUAGUAAAGGGAUAACACGUACCCAUUUGUAAAGGUGCAUUACAAAUGUAGCACUAGAGGAGGAAUGACUGAAAGAGAACACUAUUUCCCUGACAUUUAUGCAGUUCAUCUGCUCAGCAUUUACUUCAGAAAAUCUAAUAUUUAAAAUAAGAGUCACAGAAAAGAACAAAGUGAUUAGACGAGAUGAAGGUCAUUUGUAAAUACUUUUAAGGAUUCUCGCGCUUUCAUGCUAGUCAUUCUGAAACAAGAGACAUUCCUCUCGUGCUGUUGUCCACAUGAUCUUUUAUUUAUUACGAGAUCGCAGCAGUUAUUUUAGCCAGGUGGAUUUGAUAUCCACAGGACUGUGGUACUGAUACUGGAGCUUAGUUCAAUAAUGAUACAGUGAUGGUGAACCAGAUUCUUAGCUCUCCAUCAGAAAAUAGCUCCAUGACCAUGUUGAACCUGAACAUAUGACUUUAACCUUGUUAACUAAUUAUUGUACUCAUUAUCUUAACUUAUUCUUUCUAAUGCUGCUUGUUUUAUAUCUCAUUAACUUAAAUUUGAAGCAGGUUGUUGUAAGAAGGGCUUUUUUGUUUUUUGUUUUUUUAUCCAGCUGAAAGUUUUGCACAUUGACACAAACACAGAUGGAUCACUGAAGUAGAUUUUGGUCAAACACUGUUUGAAGGAUUAAUUAUUUUGCAGGGUAGCACAUAGAAAAAGGAUAGAAUAUAUGCUCAUGCUUUUUAAUUUAUCAUGAAAAGAUUUGCUCUGUUAAUGUUUGAUGCGAUUAGAAGAAUUAGUUUGGAAGACAUAACUGAUUAGUCUUUCAGUCUUUGCCUUGCAUUAAUGCUGGAUGGUUUUGACAAGGAGAUAUACGUGACUUGGCGCACAGAAAGCCUCUGGCCAGCCAACCAGCAGGCUGUGUGCUUCACAUAAUCUCUAAAGCUAAUGCAGACUUUCAGCUUAGUGUAAGGCCUGCCUUUCCAAUGAAGCAAAGUCAAAAUGAUGGCUCUCAUGACAACCUUUAGUCUUAACGUCAUGUGAAAGCUUUGGAAUAACAAAGCAAAAUGACCAAGACGAUCCUGUUCUGAGGUCAGCCAACCCGAGAAACAGAAAUGACAAAGUGAUGAGAAAAGGCAUCUGUUUAAAAUGUUAUCUGCACAUAUAUUUAUUUCUUAUGACAUUUUAAGGAGAAAGGGGUUUUGUCAUGCCAUCAUUUCGUCAUAAUUUUAAUAUUGAAGGAAGAUAUGAUAGAAUGAACUGCAAGAGCAUAUGGACAAGUUGCACAAGUCUUGACAGAGCAAAGCGUUUCUCGUUUGUAUAGUAUAACUGUAUAGACCAAGACAGGAAUCAUGUGUUCUUUUUUUUUUUUUUUUUUUUUUUUUUUUUUUUUUUUUUUGCAGUGUAUAUAUUAAUUUGCAGUUCUUUGCACAUUUAACAGGUGAUGACUAACAGAUCAAAUAAAGCCUGAAGUGGAUUUCUGGUGUUUACUCAAAUAUGAACAAGAUGGGAUAAGAUCAGCUGGGAUUAUGUGGUGUGUUACUGUUGGAAGUGGAUUUUGAAUGUACUUCUGGGAUGUCACUGACAAAUAUUCACUAAUUGCAUUGGUGUAAGAACAAAAGGGAAAACUUUUUUUUAAAACUGCCAGCUUGAGUCACUGUAGUGCUUCCUGUUGCUUUCAUUUGGUUGCGCCACUCCUACAAACCCAGUUUGAGUUCAGGUGUGUACUUCAGAGUUAUGAUGAUGCGGGGAGGGAUACUGUUUAGAUUUAUUUUCUAAUAUCAGGGACUAUAUUUUUAGAGGUAUUCCAGAAUUAAUCAUUACUCAUGCUAUACCAUUUAAUCUUUGUUUCUCUGUCACUGUAUUGCAUUUUCCCAUGCUGCCUUCAGAACCACUCUGGUAUACACUCCCUCUCAGAGGCCUCCUUUUAUUAAACUCCCACUCGUUUUGUUGAAAGACAACAAGCUAAACCAAGGCAUUAACACUGUACAUUAUUUGUCAGAUUGGCUUCAUUUUCAUACUUAUUUUGUAAAUAUUACAUGUUGUAUGGAGCUUGAAUUAAAAUGUAAAUAUGUCUCCUGUAUUUGUAAUACUUAUAAUCCAUUCGCUGUAUAGCCUAGAUGUGUAAUGCAGACAACUUAAUUCUGUGUAUGGUAAUCUUGCACCAUUGAUCUGUUUAGUGAAUGAGGUAACAAUAAAGUCCAUCCAGUGCAUUA